AGCUCAGCUGCCUUACUCCUGUCGUUCGCCAUGGCGGCGGCCCUGGCCCGAAAAGCUGUGGACUAUGUGCGCAGCAAAGAGUUCAGGGAUUACCUCAUGAGUACUCACUUCUGGGGGCCUGUUGCCAACUGGGGACUUCCCAUUGCUGCCAUCAAUGAUAUGAAGAAAUCACCAGAAAUCAUCAGUGGCCGAAUGACAUUUGCACUUAGUUGCUAUUCUUUGACUUUUAUGCGGUUUGCAUAUAAGGUACAACCCAGGAACUGGUUGUUGUUUGCUUGUCAUUUCACUAAUGAAAUUGCACAACUUAUUCAAGGAGGAAGGUUGAUCAAACAUAAUAUGAAAAAAAAAUAAUUGAAUAUUUGAUUCAUGGAGAAAAAUUGAAAAGGUGCUGCUCUUCACAGAAUAUAAGCAAGGAAGGACUUUGUCAUCAUCUCUUUUUUUUUUGCAUCACCACCAUCAUGGAAAUAUUUAUACUAGUGUUCAGUAUCAUUUGUUAACUUUUUUAGCUUCCCUUAUACAAAGUACUGCACAGCUGAUCAAAAAUUAGAUCACUUUCCUGCCUUAAAAGAAUUUUUUAAUAUUUACAAAAUUAUUCAACUCAAAUAUGUACCAACUUUUCUGAAAUAAAAAACCUGCUAAUUUAAGAAAAACAAGAAAAGGCAUAAUUGAUUAAUAAUAUGUGAGUUUGAAAUUGAAUAUUGGUUAUUUUGCAGUCAGAUGUACAAAUGUAUUGAAAUUGUGAUUCUGCCUCUUUAAGUGCAUUGGAGUAAAGUAAACUAUUCAAGAGCAUAAUUCUUUAAAGAUUACAAAGUCAAGAUCGGUUAUCAAUUCUCCAUAUAACUGAAAAUGGAUUCCUCAAUUAACUCGUGAGGUUAACAGUUUAAAUAUGUUAUUUGCUAACGUGUAUAUUUGACACUUGUAGCUGAAAUUAUUUUUACCAAGAAAUAAAAAAGGCAGUGAAGUGCCAAUUUAUGAGUGGAUUCGAACAAACUAUAUCCUGAUUCAUACUUACUGUAUAUUUUACAUUAGAAUAUAAGAUUAAGCUCUGUGUCCCCAACUACAUGGUUUGGUAAAAUAUACCAUCUUAUCUUUUUAUGUAAGCAUUCUGAAAAUGGUACAUUCACUGCCCAGCUGUUUUAUAAACACACAUACCUGUGAGCAAAGUAGGUACAGUGCUACAUCCCAUUGUGAUGUAAGUCAGGGGUCUCCAACCUGGGCAACUUUCAGCCUGGCGGACUUCAACUCCCAGAAUCUGUUCAAGAUGAACAGAAAAGCUGUUACAAUUUACAGAUCUUUCCCUCUUGUCUGCCAAAGUAAUACAAGUUCUCACUUUCAUCCAGCAGGCAAUAACUGGAAAUUGAAGUCCGCCAGGCUGAAAGUUGCCCAAAUUGGAGACCUCUGAUGUAAGUGGCAUCUCCUUUAAGAGCCCAAUUGAACUCUCUUAUUUGUAACAAAUAAAAUAAAUAGUAUGAUUCUAUUUUUGCAUUCAUCUGCAGAUGCCAUAUUAUUAACACCAAAAAAGCACCCUGCAUAUAGGAAUGAAUAUUUUUGAAAGAUUAUUGGUUUAAUUUGACCUUUUUGUUGUGAUUUUUAUCAACAAUUGUAAUGAACUAUAUAUAGAUUGUCUUUAAUAAUGUUAUUUUACUUCAACAACUUUGGGGCAGUAAACCUUCCCUAUGGGGAGAAAUUACAAUAUGAAUGUUCUAAUGGCAAUAAACCACUUUGAAACAA